GGUACGUGCCCUUAUUAUUUUUCGAUGUGUGCUCAUUUUGGCAUCUUGAUGACUUGGAUUGCAAGUAGUUAAAUUUCAAUAAGGGACUUCUAUUUUUAUUCUUGUUUUUCUAUAGGCUUUAAUAUUGGUUGGACCGAAUAAUGGAUUGCCUACUUAUCCGCCUUAAAUAGAUUUAAUUUGGAAUCAGGUCUUGCGUAGUUCUUAGCCUAGAAAAAGGUUUUUUAGAAUGCCGAUUUUAAACAAGUACGGUCGGAGGUGGAAACAUAUUAUUUGAAACGGUAGAAUAAGUGAAGUUUAUUAUUACUUUAAUCUGCUGCCUUGCCGUAAGCCAAAAAUUUGUUUUAUAUUUUUUUUGAGUACAUGUAUUUUUCGGUGGUACGUAUAUAUGAAUACGUGCUGUACCCCUUCAAGUGUUCGUUAUUUUUCCGUGCAUGUGCGGAUAAAAUGACGAGCACUUCUGGACAAAAUUUGGCGAGCAAAGAGAUUCAGCGCCCAGGCUGGGGCGCUAAAGAUUUCGGCGCCCAGCUAUGGGCGCUGAAAAUUAUUUCUGGGCGGAUCUUUUUUUUUUUGGUGCGCUAAAUGCUUCUUUUCCCUUUUUUAGACGAACUUUAAAGGCGCUUUGCAAAGUAUUUUUUUUUUAUUAUUUUUGUUAAGCGUUAAGUGUAGAAUAUACUUUUCAUUUGUCUUCUUUUUUUAUUCGUGACUCAAGACGGCUUGAAAGAUGGGUUGAAUGAGUUGUAUAGGUAUUAGGCAAGCACGAGGAUUACAUCAACCAAGGCCAAUGAAUAGCAUGGGGACGGCUCAAGGGUAUAUCACAGGAUGUAUUCAAACAAGUUAUAUGGUCAUUAUGCUAAUGGUGAUGUAAGAGCAGGUUUUGGAAAUAAUGGGUAUGACGUACGUGUCAAUGGCCGUACGUGGUUUGCAGUUGAUAACAAGUUCAAGAACAAGGGUCGAGGUAAUGGUUUCUUUGGGUUAUGGCAAUGAGAACAUGGAUGGGUUGAACAGGGGCCCCAGAGCGAAGGCGUCUAAGAACAUAAGGAUUGGAAAGGGUAGACAUCGUAGAAUUUUAUGAUUUGGGUUGGUUGACUCAAUUCUUUUCCAUCGUUUUACUUGGGUAAAUUUCGCACUUUGGGAUGUACGGGCUAAGUAUUUCAUGGCUCGCUCUUUUUGCUCUCCCUCUUCUCUUUCUUUUUUAAGUAUUUCAUGGCUCGCUCUUUUCUCUUUCUAUUUUUCUUCUUUUGCGUGGGAUUUCUCCCCAACAUAAAUACUUCAAAUUUUUUUUAACUUGGGAUAAAAGGUAGAUGGUUGUGGUUUUUGAGUCACGAGGCGAGACUGAGUGAGCCUCGUUUGGUAGGCCUAUAGUGGACCUUUAACUUUAAUAGGCCUAGGGUGGACCUUUUAAUUGUCUUACUUUGCAAGAGUAUUUAGUCGUUUCUUAAAAUGUGCAAAUAGGGUAGAUUCAAAAUGUUAUUUUUACCUUAUUGAAAUUUAACGAAAGAAUUACAUCGAAAAUAAUUUUUUUUUUUUCUUUUCAGACUCCAGUCUCUGGGAUUUAAUUGGAAGUUGUGAUUUAGACUCUAACUUUCAUUAAUUUUUCUGAUUAUAACCCGUGUAUGAAUACAAGGAUGUGGCCUAGACUCAAAAUAAUGGUGUGGCGUAAACCUAUAAUACUUGACCAAGCAACUCUCAGACUUAGGCUAAUUGGACCAUACACUAGAGGAAAAAUCGUCAUGUGCUUCCCAUCAAGUGCGGCUCAUUUAGUAAAUUGGCAGCACUUGAGAUCACUAAAAAAAAGAAAAAAUACAAUUUCACAAGUGCGGGCACAUUUUAGAAAAUUGGCAGCACUUGAGAUCAUUUAAAAAAAAGAAAAAAUACAAUUUCACAAAUGCGGGCUCAUUUUAGAAAAUUGGCAGCACUUGAGUUCAAGUGCGGGCUCAUUUACAAAUAAGCAGCACAAAAGAUUUCCUAAAAUCUCAGGUUUCCAUUUUUUUCGUUUCCCGCUUUCCUCCUUCCUCCUUCCCCUUCUCGUUCUCUGUUGCUGUUCACCCACCGUCGAACACACCCAACGACUUGUCGCGCCACCGCUGGUGUCCCCCAACCGACGAAGGCUUCCUCUUCUAGCCGCAUCAACGCUGUUCUUCAAUCUGAAAAAAUGGAAGCAGCUAAACCCCCAAAUUUGCUGUUCUUCAAUCUGAAAAAAUGGAAGCAGCUAAACCAGUGUGUGGAAAAGAGGCAUUGGAUCUUCUCAAUUGCGUGGUUGAUUCUAAUUACGAUCAGGAGAAAUGCCUUCAUCUUUUGCAAUCUCUUCGACAAUGUGUCCUUUCCAAGUGAGGAAGGCAAAAGCAGUGUGCCCAGUAGCUCUUAUUGACAUGCACAAUUUCAGUGUUGAUGCGAAAAUCAAGAUGAGUCUUGAUGCAACAGUCAUGGGAAAAACCAGCUGAGAUUAAGAAGAAGCCAACUGAGAGGAAACCAGCCUUGUCAUCUGUAGCAGGUUCUGAGUCGAAGCCAAAAAAGAGAAAUCUUAGCAAAGUGACGGAUCCUAACAUGUUGCAGGACUCAAACAUGUUGCUCUUUGAGUUCUGCUCUUUGUUUUAUGUCUCAGGACUCAAACAUGUUGCAGGUCUGAUCUUUGUAGCUUGCUGCUCGGACCAGCAGGUUCUGGUGAUUUAGUCUCCUGGAGUUCUACAGAUGCAGUGUUGCAGCAGCUGGUCUGGGUGCUCAGAUCCGAAGUGUGCUUUGUUCUGGUCAGCAGUAGAAGGUUGUUGGGUGCUGGUUAUGGUUUGUGACACACUGGAGGAUAAUGCUUUAAUGUCUGGGAGCAUGGGUGACAGAGAACCCUGGUUAGUUGCCUCAAGGCUCCGAGAUCAUAUCCUUACUCCCAAAGAACGAAGAGAUCCUCUUCUAUGGAAGAUGGUUGAAGAUAUGGUGGAAUCAGACUCUCGUUUAGACCGCUAUCCAAAGCUUGUGAAGGGUGAAUCAAAGGUGGUGUGGGAAUGGCAAGGGGAUGGUGACAUCUCUCGUUAUCGAGCAUCAAUGCGUACUCAGUAUCCCAAGGUUGAGAUAAUUGAGGGUAUGUUCAAGCAUGUGGCUAGAACUAAUCAAGAUCAUGGCAUGAUCAGGUAUUCAAUAAUCUGAGGGAGCGGCCCUUCACCUUUGAGGAGAUAGAUGAAGUUCGAGAAAUGUUGGCAAAAUUCAUUACCAAUGAUUGUCUUUGAUAUUUUCUUGUAAUGAAUCUUAAAUUAUGUAUGCUAGCUAGUUUUUCAUAUAAUUGUAAUGUAAUCGACUUUUAUAUUUACAAUUAUAUACUAUUUAAUUUAAUUAUCUAUAUAAUUGGAUACUUUUUAUAUGA